AUGGCAUUUUGUCGAGCAAGCUUAAUAGAACGUCUUUUGAGCAAUCGUGACUUCGGAAAUGGCUCAAGUAAUUCUCGAAGUUGGAACGACAUUGAAUCAUUUGAAAGAGAUAAUAUUUUGGAAGUUUAUAGAAAACUUCCUAAUAUUGAAGAACAAAUAUGGGGUAAAUUAAUUGUAAUGGAACGAAAUAUUCGUCCCGUAAAGGCUUACUUAAAAUCACGUAUUAUUAUAGUUGACGGAAGCGAAGCGGAAUUUGAUGGUUCACGAAUAGGUCUGCGACGAUUCGCAAACGCUCAUCGUGACGAAGGCACAAAAAGAGCUCUUGAAAGUUUUAGUAAAGUAAGUUAG